UCCGCCGCGGCGCAGGUGAUAAACACAAGGUGCGCGAGCGCGUACGCGGGAGCUUCCUGGAAGAUGGGCAAAGUGAAGGAGGUCGAGAUUACUUUCGACAGCAAUAAAGUGGUUUAUAGUCCGGGGGAGUCCAUAUCCGGCACCCUCAAACUCCAGGUGGCUCAGUCGCUUCACUGCAAAGACAUCAAAGUGAACUGCAAUGGCUUCUGUGGCAUCACCCACAAGGUUAACGACACGGCGUGGACCACGGAGGAAAAGUACUUCAACAGCACCAUCUCCCUGGUGGACAAAGGAACCUUGAAACAAGGAGACCACUGCUUCCCCUUCAAGUUCGUCAUACCAGCCUCCGCUCCAACGUCUUUUGAAGGCAACUAUGGAAAAAUCAUAUACAGAGUGAGGGCUUGCGUUGACACGCCUCGAUUUGCCAAGGACUAUAAGGCGGAGAAGCCUUUUUACCUGCUGCGUCUGCUCAACCUCAACGAGCUGCCCGACAUGCUGGGACCCAAUUCCUCAGCUGUGACCAGACAGUUUACCUACCUGCUGGUGAAGACGGGCACUGUGGUAUUGAAGGCCGAGACCGACAUGAAGGGUUACACACCGGGUCAGGUCAUCAUGCUUACUGCUAACAUCCACAACCAGUCGGGGAAGACGACUGGUUCUGUGGCAGCCAGCUUAAUCCAGAGAGUGACCUAUGAGACCAAGAAGCCCACCCAUGAUCUGAGGACGAUAGCGGAGGUGGAGGGGGCAGGAGUGAAGGCUGACAAGGAGGCCCAGUGGAAGGAACAGAUCAUUGUACCUCCACUGCCGCAGUCAUCCCUCUCCGGCUGUGACCUCAUAAGAAUUGAAUAUUACGUUAAAGUCAGCCUUAAAUCACCAGAGGUCAUGCUGACUUUACCCAUCCACAUCGGGAAUGUGUCACUGGACAAAAGAGUGCACACCUCUACCACACCAGCUCCUUCAACCCCUGCCCCAAGUGGAACACCAAAUUCUGCCCUCGUAACAGCCCCACAGAGUCCACAAACUCCCCCCUUGCCCCCCCGCCCAGUCCCAAAACCAGCCCCCCGCCCUGCUGCCAGGAGUAGAGUUCCCGUGCAUAGUUUGCCCAGUGCUCCGCCAGCUGAGGACCAACAAGGAGCUGUGGGUGGCAUGGGUUCCAUGGGGUCGCAGAGCGACGCCAUCAACACCAAGAGCCACUCCCAGCUGAGCGCCUCGGGCCCCCACACAGCCAUCUCCCCCAGCGCCUUCAGCUACGCCCCAGGCCUCAUUUUCUCCCAGAACCAGCAGCACAACGGGGACCCCAAUGAACCUCUGUUCUGUGUCUCCACUGGGAGCACCAUACCUUUCUUCUCCGAGAGCAGCGCUACCCCCAUGCCAACCAGCUCUCCGCUCAUCCUGCCACCAGACUACAGCACCUCUGCAUAUCCCCAAGAGGCACCUCCUUCAUACGAUGACAGCUGCAACACAUGAGCUACGAAGAAGAAGAAGAGUGGCCAAUGCCCACCAGACCUGGGGCCAAGUCACCUCAGUUACUCCAUAUAUAUAUAUAUAUACACACACACACACACACAUAUAUAUAUAGUAUAUGGACUGCUGCAAUCAGUUAAGAAUCAGAACAGAAGGCUACUAAAAUUAUUGCUAAUACUUGGUCACAUGCGGUGUGUUCACCAUUUAAGACUCCGUCACAUGUGGUGUGUUCACCAUUUAAGACUCAGUCACAUGCGGUGUGUUCACCAUUUAAGACUCAGUCACAUGUGGUGUAUUCACCAUUUAAGACUCAGUCACAUGCGGUGUGUUCACCAUUUAAGACUCAGUCACAGAGGACAACAAAAUGCAGUCAUACACACUGAGUUUUGUAAAGUAACCCUUCAGAUGAUAGUUUUAAUUUCCAGUAAUGUUUUUACAGAUACCGAUGUGGGUAUUGUUCAUAGAAUUUAGAUUUUACAGUAAUAAGAUGACUUGAAUGUUUUUUUAUUUUGUAGAAAAUUUACUUUUUAAGUUGAAUUGAAACUGAGAUUGAUGUCCAGCUGUGGCACCCGGUGAACAAACAGGCCUACAUCCUCAUUACACGCUACUAUUCUGGGCACACCAUUCAGAACCCUUCUUUAUUUCUUUAACUUCCACUGUUUUAGCACUUUCGACAAAGUUGCAGUUCUGCAUCAAUUUGGUUUUUUUUUUUAGAUGGCAUCUAUGAUUUCAUAAUAUGAUGUCAUAAUAUGAUGGUAAUUUGAUGUCAUAAUAUGUCACAAUAUGAUGGUAAUAUGAUGUCACAAUAUGAUGUCAUAAUAUUAUGGUGAUAUGAUGUCAUAAUAUGAUGGUAAUCUGAUGUCACAAUAUGAUGGUAAUAUGUCACAAUAUGAUGGUAAUAUGUCAUAAUCUGAUGGUGAUAUGAUGUCAUAAUAUGAUGGUAAUAUGAUGUCAAGUUUAAUAUGAUGGAAACUCAAUGUUUGAAAAUCCACACUGCAAAACAUAUCAGAUCACGUAGUUGAAUAUUUAGCCGUAAAAUUAUACAUAUUUUUUACAGUAAGUUUAACCAUAAGUGGGGAGAAAUAAUUUUGUUUUGUUUGUUUGUUUUGUUUUGUUUCUUGUUGGUGGUUCUUAGUGUCACUUGUUGUAAUCUGCUGGGAUCAGGAUUUUGUUUUGGAAAAGAGUGAAAUUAAAUUUCAAGAUUUUCAGAAAAAAAAGUAGAAUAAUUAUCAUAUACGUGUCACUCUGCCUUUUCAUUUUGUUAUAGUUUGUAAUUAUGCAAAUACUUCAGCUUAUGAAAACGUUGUUUUAUUCAGCCUGCAGGAGCUCUUCAUGUGCGAGGCUGUAGGCUUUGUAAGUGAUGAUUUGUAUGACGGGUUAAUGUGAUGUGAGGUGGGAUCGUACCGUAUAAUUUCAGAGAGAUUGUUUUAUUUAAGGUCCAGCGCCUCUAGAGGGGAUUCACACCUGCUGAAUGUAUGUCAGUAUUUCACCUUUUUUAGUCUCCGCAAAGAAGUUAUUCUGACGUUCACAUAUCCCAGGAGUGAAACCACGUGAAUCACUUAAGUGAUGCAGUUCACCACAUCCAGUCAUACAUGUACAGUUCUACCUAGUAACAGAACAUAUCUCGUCAAUAUAGGAAUAAUAAAACGUGUACUUUAGGUUAAGGCAUUACCAUACAUGGCAAAGAUGUUGUUUCCGGUCUUUUUUUUUUUUUUUUUUUUAAGGCUUUGUAAUGAACAACUUCUGUCAUCUUAAUAAAUUUGUUA